UACAAUAAUGCCUCACCCAAAUGCUAAAUCUCGUAUCACAUCUAACAAGAAUCAUAAUAAAGAUGGUAUCUUUGCAGCUGAACCCGAAAUUACAAAUAAUAUAGAGGAAAACAUGGACUUUCCUGAAGACUGGGAACUGUUUGAAGUAAUACAUGAAAUCAUUCAAAAUUAUGCAUUAAAAGCAAUAGAAUAG